UUCAAUUACGCAGCGAGGGUGGCACCUAGAGAAGUCCUCGAGCAGAGCCGCAGUCUCUUCUUUACUUUUCCCUCAGUCCCUUCCUCUAACUCCCUGCGCAUUAUCCUGUCUCCCAGGUUUCCUUGUGGGAGUAUUGGAGUGCGGCAACAAGACCAUACCGUGUCGCGCCACUCCUUGCACGACACCACUGCCGGAGCAUGCUUCGCGGCCAGAUUAUACCAUGGCGAAACGCCCUCCGGAAUGGCCAACGCCACAUUUGUAGAGACUGUCGGCGUCAAAUAAUACAGAGAAAUGGCUUGAGUUACUCCGCGACGACUCUCUCACCGUCACCACUGUUUCCUGUCGCCGCCAGACAGGGAUUACAAAUACGACAAUUCUCCUCGCACCCAGUCCGUCAGAAAGACAAGCCACCUGAAGAUGACCCUCCCACACCACCGGAAGGUGCGGAUGCAAAAGCAAAGAAACUAGAGAAUGAGUUGGAGGACGCACCUCGCACGGAAGACAGUGCCGAAUCCAAGAGGUCGCCUUCUGACCCUCAACCUAUACCUCAAUCUUCCUCGAGUGAUGGCAAGCCUGCUGCAGCUGGAGGAAGUGGUGGAGAUUCGUCCUCAGGUACCGCACAAAGCUCAGGAGGUGGAAGCGAUGGUGGGAAGCGUGGACGGAGAACUACUCAGAUCUCAAAGCCCACUGUCCCCGAAGUCUACCCUCAGGUCAUGGCCAUACCCAUUGCGAAACGUCCUCUGUUUCCAGGAUUUUACAAGGCGAUCACGAUAAGAGACCCCAAUGUCGUUGCCGCCAUCACGGAAAUGAUGAAGAGGGGGCAGCCUUAUGUGGGCGCAUUCCUGUUCAAGGACGAUACCGCCGAUAAGGACAUCAUCGAGAAGAUGGAUGAUGUUCACGAGGUUGGCGUAUUUGCUCAAAUAACGAGUGCCUUUCCUGUGCACGGGGAUGAGCAUAGCUUGACAGCCGUGCUAUAUCCCCAUCGCCGAAUCAAGAUGUCUGCUCUACUGCCCCCGUCAGGAGAGCAAGGUCCGUCAGUCGUCGAGGUGCAACCUGUAAAAGAAGCAAAACCGAAAACUGAUGGGACUGACGGCAAAGGCGACGUUGUGGCGAGUUUCGAAGAGUCCAACAAAGACCAGUCGGCUCAGUUAAGCGUAUACGAACCAACCGCAUUCCUUCGCAAAUUCCCAGUCUCUCUGGUCAACGUUGAGAACUUGGGUGAAGUGCCUUAUGACAAGAAGAGCGACGUGAUCAAAGCCUUGACAUCCGAAAUUGUCAACGUCUUCAAGGAGGUUGCUAGCUUGAACCAGCUCUUCAGAGAUCAGAUCUCCGACUUCAGUGUUUCACAGUCCGCAGGCAAUGUGCUUGAAGAGCCCGCCAAACUGGCAGACUUUGCAGCAGCGGUCUCUUCUGGCGAGAUCGAUGAGCUGCAGGAUGUCUUGCAAACAAUGAACAUCGAAGAGAGGCUACACAAGGCCCUGGUUGUGCUGAAGAAGGAGUUGAUGAACGCCAAACUGCAGUCGAAGAUUUCCAAAGACGUCGAAAGCAAGAUCCAGAAACGACAACGCGAGUACUGGCUGAUGGAGCAAAUGAAGGGUAUUCGUCGCGAGUUGGGCAUUGAAUCCGAUGGCAAGGACAAAUUGGUGGAGAAGUUCAAGGAAAAGGCUCAGAAGCUGGCCAUGCCUGAAGCGGUCAAAAAGGUUUUCGAGGAGGAGCUUAACAAGCUGGCUCAUCUUGAACCAGCUGCUUCCGAGUUCAACGUUACACGGAAUUACCUGGACUGGAUCACGCAAAUUCCUUGGGGUCAAAGAAGUGCCGAGAACUUUGGUAUCAAGAAUGCCAUGACCGUUCUGGACGAAGAUCAUUAUGGCUUGAAAGACGUCAAAGACCGCAUCCUGGAGUUUAUUGCAGUCGGAAAGCUCCGUGGUACUGUCGAAGGCAAGAUUCUCUGCUUCGUCGGGCCACCCGGUGUGGGCAAGACGUCAAUUGGCAAGUCGAUCGCACGAGCAUUGAACCGACAGUACUAUCGCUUCAGUGUUGGUGGUCUUACUGAUGUCGCUGAGAUCAAGGGUCAUCGUCGAACCUACGUUGGCGCUCUUCCCGGCAGAAUCAUUCAAGCGCUCAAAAAAUGCCAAACGGAAAAUCCUCUCAUUCUUAUCGAUGAGGUAGACAAGAUUGGACGUGGCCAUCAAGGAGAUCCGUCGUCUGCCCUGCUCGAAUUGUUGGACCCCGAGCAGAAUUCCAGCUUCUUGGACCACUACAUGGAUGUUCCCGUCGACCUUUCGAAGGUCCUCUUUGUUUGUACAGCAAACAUGACUGACACCAUUCCCCGACCACUCCUUGAUCGAAUGGAAUUGAUCGAACUCAGCGGGUACGUUUCCGACGAGAAGAAGGCCAUCGCAGACCGCUACCUUGCACCCCAGGCAAAGGAAAUGUCUGGCUUGAAAGACGUGGAUGUCAAGCUAGAUGAGUCGGCCAUUGAAGAACUUAUCAACAAAUACUGCCGCGAGUCUGGUGUGCGAAACCUCAAAAAACAAAUUGAGAAAGUAUAUCGCAAGUCGGCCUUGAAAAUCAUCCAAGAUCUUGGUGAAGAAGCGCUGCCUGAGUCUGAGGCACUGACCCCCGAAGGCAAAGCCGCCCUCGAAGAGAGUAAGAAAGAUACCUCGGAUGUCAAAGACACUCCCGAGACCAUUGAAAAGGAGACCACGGAACAGCCACGGAUUGCGCUCAAAGUGCCAGACUCCGUCCACGUUUCCAUCACGAAAGACAACUUGAAAGACUAUGUCGGACCGCCUGUCUUCACCUCGGACCGUCUGUAUGAGACGACCCCUCCCGGAGUUGCCAUGGGUCUUGCUUGGACUAGCAUGGGUGGCGCUGCUCUUUAUGUUGAGUCAAUUCUCGAUACAGCAUUGUCACAUUCAAGCAGGCCUGGUCUCGAACGCACGGGUAAUCUGAAAAAUGUCAUGAAGGAGUCGACCUUGAUUGCGUAUUCAUUCGCCAAACACGUUAUGGCUACACAAUAUCCGGAAAAUCACUUCUUCGAACACGCGAGAAUUCAUCUUCACUGUCCUGAAGGUGCCGUCCAGAAGGACGGUCCGUCCGCGGGUAUCACGAUGGCAACAUCUCUCCUGAGUCUGGCCAUGAACAAGCAGCUUAAUCCUGAAUUGGCCAUGACUGGCGAGUUGACCGUAACAGGCAAGGUCCUCAGAAUAGGUGGGUUGAGAGAAAAGACCGUCGCAGCACGACGGGCCGGUUGUUCGAAAAUUUUGUUCCCCAAGGACAACUGGGGUGAUUGGUGCGAGCUGCCUGAUAACAUCAAGAACGGCAUCGAAGGGCACGCCGUUGACUGGUACAGUGAUGUGUUCGACAUUGUCUUCCCCGAUGUGAACGCUCAAGAGGUGAACAGCCUGUGGAAGGACGCCUUGAAGAAACCAAAGAAAAGUGAGAAAGACCGUGAUGAAGAAGAUGAUGAUUGAGAGAGUACUCAUGGUAGAGCACGGUUAUCUAUGCCCAUCCACAUGUUAUCGUGUGGGAGCUCCUCAGCACAACCAAGGUGUCUGCCACGUUGGCUAUUGCAUUUUCGGUCGUGUGCGUGGCUCAGCGUAUAAUUGAAUAGAUGACACGCAUACACACUCAGGUCUGGCAGGGCAGGGCCGGGGAGGGAAUCGGGUCGAGAAACUGGCGAGCACAAUGUUACGCGGCAUUUAUAUUAUUGUGCAGACGUGAAAGUGAGGUAAA